AUGUCUUUCCCUUCGUCUUUACCUUUUCUCUCCGUCCGCGAGGCAAUCACUGAUGCAGUGUACCGCGGUGUUCUGGGUCUUGAUACAGCCGAUGUUGCCUUGUUUGACUCUGCCUUUCACGAGAAUGCGACUUUGAAUUUGAAUGGAAAUGUUAUGAACGGCCUUGCUGCCAUCCACUCUAACUGCUAUGACAACAUUUCCAAACUCGACACCACUCAUUUUCUGAGCAAUAUCCGUGUCAAUGUACUGGAAACUUCCGAGGCCAAGGCAACCGUGACGGCAUCGGCUCUUGCGCAACACUACCGUCCAGGCCAGGGGAGCGAGCCCGACGCGCCUCACCUGAUGACCGGCAGUCUUUACUUCAUGGACGUGGAAAAGAAUGCCAAAGAUGGCUUAUGGAAGAUCAACAGCUGGAAGGUGAAGUUGAUCUGGAGAGAGAGUGAUUGGAGCAUAGUGUCGCAAGCCUAG